CAACGCUGUUGAGGGUAAUGUCGGGAAGUAUAGACCUAUUUAGUGACACCACACGUCUGUCUAGCUUUUCAACGAGGUAGGAUGUUUAUUCAAUCGAUCAUUUUUGGGUCUUUUUGGGGAUCAAGUAUUGGAAUUUAUUCGAGAAAACCCUCCGAGAAAUGGGAUAUGAGCAGCCUGUAUAAAUAUUUGCUGUCGUUUUCGGCAACAAAGUAAUAGUCACUAGAAUAAUGGUAGUUGACUUUGUAGGCCUAUAAAUACUCCCUAGGCCACAUGCUCAGCAAGUCACAACCAACGACCAAAAUCAACCACCAACAAUGAUGCUGAAGACCCUCCUGUGUGUGUCUGCUUUCUUGCUCAUCGGCGUGAGUGCAAAGGUGGGUGAGGUGUGCAAAGAUGAAAGCACGUGCGACGAUGGAGAAUGCUGCCUGUAUCAAUUCACAUUCUUUUCGCGCUCGGAUAAUGGAACCUGUCAAAAGUAUGUGAAGGAAGGUGAGACCUGCGACAUACAGGCAAUGUGGCGCGGAGAAUCGUGCGCUUGUGAGACAGGAGUCUACUGUUACUCCACGCCUCUUGGGAACGCGAAGACCACUGUGUGUGAGAAGCGAAGACCCACCCCCAAAUACAGACAUCACUAGUGGUGACUAAAAGGGAAAAAAAUGUCUAGGCUGACUUUCGGCACAGCUUAAUGAUGGACUGAUUCAUUGGAGUGUGCUGCGGUCUUGAAACAUGUCACAUAAAACCCCCCAGAAAAUUCCCAGA